AUGCAAAUUGCUGUGAGCGGUGUCCAUUUUGGAGGAAUUGCUUCAAUUGUCCCGGAUGGAGGUGUAAUAGGUGCUCUUACAGAGCCAUUUCCGCCUCAGGGAACAAUCGCGAGUCCUUCUGCAUCAUGGAGAUUAGCUGUUCUGAGGCCACACAAAGAGAAGAGAAAGCCGCCUGGAGCUGCUGUGGGAAUUUCUGGUACCUUUCCAGCAAAGUGUAAACCAGCGGCUUUCCCUGCCUGUUGGCUGGGCCCACCUGUGUUCUUAGGACAGAAUCUACAGAGCGAGGGGGUGGAGCAGGCGCUUGCUGUAACUUUCCAGGGGGAUACAGAAAUGGCUUGGAACCAAGAGGGCAGCAACAUACAAAGAAAUAAUUCCAACCAAGCCCAGCUCAGCGAGUCUGUGAAAGAGUUCCUUACUGGGACAACGUGGGUGAGGGAUUGUGUGCAGGAGCAUGGCUCAGGUGGUUGCUCUGGGUUCAAGAGACAGGAGGCUUAUGAGGAGUCAGCUCAGUGCCCAGCUAUGACACUCAGAUACUAUGGAUCCCGGCUGUUAGCCUUACCUCCAUCUUCACUGAUACUGCCAUCCUAUGCUCUGCAGGGACAGAGCCACCAGCCUCUACGGAGAUCCAAGAGAAGAUGGGUUCUCACCACCCUGGAGCUGGAGGAGGAAGACCCAGGGCCCUUUCCCAAACUGGUUGGGGAGCUGUUUAAUAAUAUGUCCAAUAAUGUGUCCCUGGUGUACUUACUGAGAGGGCCUGGCGUGGAUGAAUUUCCAGAGAUCGGCUUAUUCUCUAUAGAAGAUCACCAGAGCGGAAAAUUAUACGUGCACCGCGCCGUGGACCGAGAAGUGACACCGUCUUUUCUGGUUUACUUUGAUGCUGUGGAUCGAUCCACAGGGAAAGUGGUGGAUGAAUCCCUGAUUUUCAACAUUAGAGUCAGAGACGUGAAUGAUCACGCACCCCAGUUUCCUGAGAAGGAAUUUAACAUCAGUGUGAAAGAGAGCCACGCGGCAGGUCAACCUAUUUUUCAGUUGUUAACGGUCGAUUUGGAUCAAGAAAACACUCCAAAUUCUCAAGUCCUUUAUUUCCUCGUUUCUCAAACACCAUUACUGAGAGAAAGUGGCUUUCGGAUUGAUCUCAUCAGUGGGGAAGUACGACUCUCGGGAUGCUUAAAAUAUGAGACUGCUCCUUGGUUCACUCUGAUAGUCAGAGCGACGGAUUGUGGAGAGCCAUCCCUGUCAUCCACAGCCACCAUUCACGUCAGUGUGGAAGAAGGCAACAACCACAUGCCCACAUUUGUGGAAGACCAUUAUGAGAUUCAGAUUUCUGAAGGUGAAGUCGCACGGGGCGUGUUGUAUCUCCCUGUUCAAGACGGAGACUCACCGUUUACACCAGCUUGGAGAGCACAAUUCCACAUAUUGGACGGCAACGAGGAGGAACAUUUUGACAUCAUGACUGACCCUGAGACCAACCGAGCGGUAUUAAAUGUUAUCAAGCCUUUGGAUUAUGAAACUCAAGCAGCCCACAGCCUCGGCAUUGUUGUGGAGAAUCAGGAGCCGCUCUUCUCUUGUGAGGAGGGCCAGGCACAGCCGUCGACAAAGGCCAUGGCCCGCACCACUGUGACUAUGCAGGUGAUAGACACCAAUGACCCACCAGCCUUUCACCCCAGGAGCUUCAUCGUCAGCGAGGAGGAUGGAGCCAGGCCUGGCAUCCAGCUGGGAGAUUUCAAUGCUACAGACCCAGACAGGGUUGCCAGCCAGAUAAGAUACAAACUGGUUCAUGAUCCAGCAGAUUGGGUGACCGUGGAUGAAGAAACAGGAGCGGUCACCACCAAGCGGCAAAUAGACCGGGAGUCUCCUCAUGUGAAUGGCAGCUUUUACAGAAUCCUUGUCCAUGCGGUUGACAGUGGCCUCCCACCGCUGACUGGCACAGGGACCCUGAUGCUUUUCCUGUCUGACAUCAAUGACAAUGCUCCGGCUCUCCAGUCUCAUUCUCGACACUUGGAGAUCUGCGAGUCUGCCGGGAACGAGCCCCUGCUCUUAGAGGCCGAGGAUGCCGACCUGGACCCCUACUCCGACCCCUACUUUGAUUUGGACUCUGCCCAGAGAGGUGUAGAUGGUUCUUGGAUGCUGAGGACGAAGCAGGGUGAAGGCCGCUCUGCUGAGCUCGUGAUGCUGAGAAGCCUCCCGCCCGGGGAUUACUUGGUGCCACUAUUCAUAGGAGACAGACAGGGCCUCACGCAGAGGCAGACGGUCCACGUGAGGGUCUGCUCCUGUCCUAGUGGAUCCAAGUGUGAGACUCUCUCUGACACGGGGUCUCUGCUGUGGGCCCUGUCCCCUGUCUGUGCAGCGCUCCUGGCUCUGACAGCCGCUCUGCUUUCCCUGCUGCGGUGCCGCUUUGAGUUUGGACCCAAGAGGCUCGGAGGCGUCAUCCCAAGUGACAAUGGCCACCAGACGCUGAUUGUGUAUAAUGAGGAGAGCCAAGCCCUCUCAGCCCAGAUGCAGCCAACUGGGGGCGACCAGAUGCCUGCUCUGUCCUUCAGUGCAGCUGCGGCCCAUGCCAAGCCAGAUGCGAAGGUGCAGAGAGAUUUAGUCCGUUAUGGUCAUGGGCGGCAAGCAUGA